AUGAAGCUUGGUAGGGCUAUUAUUAUUGACAACUUUUGCAGAACUGUCGACAGCAGAAGAGCGGUUCCUCGGCCCAUCAAUGGAACCGCGCGGCCCAUUUGCGGAGUGUCGCGCGGACGGCCCAUUUGCUGCGAGGGGUGCUGCGAGUGGGGCGGGCACCUCGGCCCCGGGCGCGUCCUGGUCGCCGUCGCCCGUCGCCCUGACCGCGGGCGCGUCCUGACCGCGGGAGAGUGGUCUUCUUCCUCAGCGCAACCGCUCUCAGCGCAACCGCUCGGUCAGCCACUCAGCCCCACUCUCGCAUCCUCCCUCCCCACGACCUCCACUUCCUUGGCGCUGGAUGAUGUCGCUAUAUGGUGCCGCGUCCGAGUCCGUUCCUGUCUCUUUCAUCCCAAAUCCGCACGCAGUCCGCCACGGCAACAGCGCGCUUCCUGUCCUGCAUCGGGAGCCGGAGGACCUCGCCUACUCCCUCCCUCCAUCGGCGCCCGGAACAGCGCUGCCGCCACGCCGGUGCUGCCCAACGUGUACAGCGCGCUGCUCUGCUUUGACCGCCUCUCCGAGCUCUCCUCUGCCAUUGACGAGUUCUCAAGUGGGUAUCAACAAGACUGCGCGCGUGCCGGAGAACGAGGACGACUGAAAUCACAUAGAGGAAACUCGAAUACAAUAGUGGCUCUUGCUGGGAACAAGGCUGAUGUGUUAGAUACGAGGCAGGUGUCAGCAGAUGUAUGUUAA